AUGGCGAUGGCGAAGAUGAGAGUAGGGGCAGGAAGGGUGAAAGGAGGCAGAGGAAGGAUUUGCAUGCGAUCGAUGGAGUCAGUUCAAGUUUUGUCGCCCCAUUGUGCAUUUGUGUGUGAGGGUGUGUGGCUGUACGUUCCUGUCUUUAAACGUGUGUGCAUCUUACAAUCGAAUCUAUUGAAAUGUUGGAGGAGUGCAAUUGAAAUGUUGGAGGAGUGCAAUCGAAAUGUUGGAGGAGUGCAAUUGAAAUGUUGGAGGAGUGCAAUUGAAAUGUUGGAGGAGUGCAAUCGAAAUCAAAAAAUAAAGCACCAUUUUAAUUUGUUGCUAAUCGGGUUAGUCAGCAGUUACAUGGCAAAUGAUGCUGACGUACAGAGAUAUUUUGAAAUUGGCUCUCCAUGUUUGGCGAGUGACACCUCGAGUCAUUUGGAGAACAACUCCAUCCCACCCGAUCCUGAAGUUGCCAACCAGAAUCCUCCAAUUGUGGCAGUAACAAUUUUCAUUGUGGGCGAGGUUCAGCCCCUUCGCCCCCUUCGCAGUGAAGCUAGCGCUUCUUCAGUCCUCUCAACCGAGGCGUUCUUGAAAUUCUGA